UCCCUCCUUCUCACCUCUGCCAGACUCGCAGCACCGCUGAGUACAGAACAUGAUCGGUGUCUGGAUUUUACUGUUCCUCCUCGUCUCAGGGGGAGGGACGUUCAUGAUCUACGACCGAGAGCACAGCCUGUGUCUGGAGGACUCUGAGGACACAGGUGAAGUUCUCUUGAAAAGAUGCAACCUGGACUCAGGCUUUCAGCAGUGGGUCUGGGUCAGUCAGGGCGUUCUGAUGUGCAUCGCGUCGUCCAGAUGCUUGUCGGCCCAGCAGAGCGACUCGGUCCACACCCGGCCCUGCCUUGAGUCCGACGUGCAGCACCCUGCGGGGUUACUGUGGGACUGCGAGGGCGGCAGACUCAUCAGCAGAAGCACGUYGUUGCUGCUGUCGACCGACGGACUGCGUCUGAUCCUCGCAAAGAGCAGCAAACAUGCGAAGUGGAGAUCUGUGGAGGAGGGAGACAUCUGCCAGGACARGCUCAGACUCAAGAGGGCCUCCGAUGACCCAUUUGAGGAGACCGAGGAGCCUGCAGGAGACCUGGCACUCAUGACGAAGGAACAGAGAGAGUAUCUCCUCUGGUAUUACCGCACAGAGGACUCCACCACGUGGACGUUUGUGCUUCUGGGCGUGGCCUUCAUCUGUCUGCUCAUUGGGUUUCUGCUGUUAGGAAUGGGAGCGGUGGCCAAUAAGAGCAGAAAAAAGAUAGCGAAAUACAAAGCAGCUGCAUCACUGGUUAGGAGGAGUGAAGGUGAGGAGCAGCAGGUCCUUUCACCUCACAAAGACAACGUGCACGAUGGGCUGCUGCAAGAACACAAGUACCCCAUCAUCGAGGGCGACGCCGGCACGCUGGCAGCAGGAGACAUCGUGGUCACGUGGAAAGACGGCAACACCUCCUGCCUGUACUCAGAUCCUCCUGUGGAGGAGAAACAGGAGGAGGAGGUGCCAGCUGUGGAGCACGAGGCUUGUGAUGAAGUGAAGACCACAGAUUGAUCAGCAGCAGGAGCAGCUUUUCACCAUUUAUAAAGUUUGUUUUACUUCAGGUUUGAUGGACUGUAAUGUUCUUGUACAUGAUAAUAAUCAUUAACAAACAUCUGGAAUGAAAUGAUCUUUUUUUAGCAAAAUCUUUAUCUUCUGUACAAUCAAUGCAUGUUACUGUCGUUUUAAUGACGAGUUUCCAUUUAGGGUGUGUCUUAUUAAUGUUUACUAAUACAGUGCAUUAAAAAAAUCAUUUCAUCACAUUUA